AUGAGACGAUCAGCGUAUGUGUCUCCACAAAAUAAACCAGAAAGAAGCAAAAAUGGCCAUAAGAAAGCGUACAAAUAUAAGGAGAAUAUCAUCAUCGACAGCAUUACAAAAAGAUAUCUGAGGGUGGCUUUUAAAAUGGUGCUUGGAGUUCUGCUUGUUUGCAACAUGGUUCUCUGCAUUCCCAUUCUUCUCUGCAGCUUUGCAGCCCGCCCCUUUGAUCGUAGACUGUCUAACUCAAUUGCAACAAUUACAUCAUACACAUGUUGGACAAUAAUAGAUUGGGUCUUUAGGAUAAGCACUACAAUGGAUGUUCCGGACAUUCCAAAAGGGAAUUACCUUGUUGUUUCUAAUCAUAUUAGUGCUCUUGACUUUGCCCUGAUCAACAGAGUGAACAAGCACAUGUUUUCCCACUCGAAAUACGCAUUUAAAAAAUCAUUGCGAUAUGUUCCUGUAUUUUACCAAGGCUUCCUAGCACUAAACUAUCUAAUUUUAGAGAGAAAUUUUGAAAAGGACAGAAGUAAUAUUGUGGAAUACGUUCAAGAUCUCAAGAAACACAGAUAUCCCAUUUGGCUUGUGCUAUUCUGUGAGGGUUGCAGAUUUUCUAGCAUGAAGAAGGAGCUUUCAGACAAGUUCUGCAAGGAAAAAAAUAUGGAGCCUUUCGUUAAUGUCCUAACACCAAGACACAAGGGAUUUAGUAUUAUAAAGGACGAGCUUAGAGGAUCGUAUGUCGAUAAAGUGCUUGAUCUUACAUUUUAUUGUGACAGAAAAGAUUUUUCUAUCCUUAACCUUCUCUGUACUGGUCAAAUAUACGAAUUCAAAUGUGAUGCUAGGAUUGUUAGCCUAGACGAGAUAGAAAAAUCAGAAGAGUUUUUAAUGGAGUCAUUCAGAAGAAAAGAUAGGCUUAUAGAAACGUGGAAGAAAGAACACAAAAAGAACUAG